AUAAAUCUCAAAAAAACUUAAUUAACUAGAGUAUACGUAUGUAUAACAAGCACCUUUAUGAACAAGAGGACAAUUUUAUUGAAAAUGGCAUGUUCUUCUAUGUCUCUCAAGCAGCCAUUCACCUCUCUGCCUACCUACCCAAACACCCAGGGUAAAUUAUCUGGGAACUUUCAAGUGAGAGUUGGGUGCAUGAAUGGGAAGGGAACUCUAAUGGAAAAGAAAUUCCAACUGAAUUGCUCGAGAGACAAAGAGAUGGAUCUCAGUGCAGCAGCUUUGAUGUUUGAUGCCGAAUGCAUGGAUGAUACGGGGACUAUGGAACUACCUCCUCAAGUUGAGGUUAGGAAAGCAAAAGAGCCAAGUGUUUCAACAAUGUUGAUGAACUUCACUAAUGAGUUUGAUCCUUAUGGUGCCUUAAGUACCCCCUUGUAUCAAACAUCUACUUUUAAGCAACCUUCAGCGACCGAAAAUGGGCAAUAUGAUUAUACACGGAGUGGAAAUCCAACAAGGGAUGUAUUGGAAAAGCUUCUUGCAGAGCUUGAGAAAUCAGAUCGAGCAUUUUGCUUUACCAGUGGAAUGGCCGCCUUGGCAGCUGUAACUCGUCUCGUUCAAGCUGGUGAGGAGAUUGUUGCCGGGGAUGACAUAUAUGGCGGUUCUGACCGGCUGCUGUCACAAGUUGUUCCAAAAGCCGGGAUUGUGGUCAAGCGAGUGGAUACCACUAACUUAGAUGAGGUUGCUUCUGUCAUUAAACCAUCGACAAAGCUUGUUUGGCUGGAGAGUCCAACCAACCCUCGUCAACAAAUCUGUGAUAUUCGUAAAAUAGCCGAGAUGGCUCAUGCACAUGGGGCUCUUGUGCUGGUGGAUAACAGCAUUAUGUCCCCAGUAUUGUCCCAUCCUUUGGAGCUCGGAGCAGACAUUGUGAUGCAUUCAGCUACUAAGUUCAUAUCCGGUCAUAGUGAUCUCAUGGCUGGGGUACUUGCUGUCAGAGGAGAAAGAUUGGCGAAGGAGGUGUACUUCCUACAAAAUUCUGAAGGGGCAGGGUUAGCGCCAUUCGAUUGUUGGCUUUGUUUAAGAGGAAUCAAAACAAUGGCUCUUCGUGUUCAAAAACAACAGGAAAAUGCACAAAAAAUUGCUGAAUUUUUAGCUUCCCAUCCACGAGUGAAGAAGGUCAACUAUGCAGGUCUUCCUGACCAUCCAGGGAGAUCUUUGCACUUUUCUCAGGCCACGGGUGCAGGAUCAGUGCUGAGUUUUCUGACCGGUUCUUUGGCACUCUCUAAGCAUGUUGCUGAGGCUACCAAAUACUUCAGCAUUACUGUCAGUUUUGGAAGUGUCAAGUCACUCAUAAGCUUGCCUUGCUUCAUGUCCCAUGCAAGCAUACCUGCUGAAGUACGAGAGGCUAGAGGUCUUACUGAGGACCUGGUUCGAAUUUCUGUUGGGAUCGAAGAUGCUAAUGACUUGAUAGAUGAUUUAGACUAUGCACUCAAGAGUGGGCCUGCCUAGAAGAUUAAGCAAAGUUUGUGGGACGGAUGCCAAGCUUAAGUACACUUUCAAUUGUAAGCUUUGUCGCAUCAUUCCAUCUCAGUGAUUUAUUUGAUAUUCCAUCAAAAUGUCCUGAUAUUGAGAGGUCCUCCAAUUCAUUCCAUGUAAUCAAGUUUGCUCUCUUUGGAGUUCUCAGUUUGGUAUUUGGGCAAAAUUAAGGAGUUGAAAAGGCGAUCAAUUCACGGCAUGUUGCUAUCCA